UAUGUUCGCUACUCACCAAAUUACCUCCUUAUGAACACGACUCAAGCAUACAAAGAUGUCUACGGCCAUAACAAGAACGUGCGCAAGAGCCUUGCUUAUCUGGCCAUGGUCCACAAAACUCCUAGCACCUUUACCCUGAUGGAUCGGCACGAGCAUGCAUGGAAAAAGCGGAUCUUGAGCCAGAAGCUAUCGGAUUCAGCCAUCCGAUCCUUCGAGCCCAAGAUCACAGGCAUGAUUGAUCGCUUCUGCGAAUAUGUCUGCCCCGUGUCAGCGGGAAAAGAAAACACCGUGUCGAAACCCUUCAACAUGUCAGAAAUGUGCGAUUAUCUUUUCUUUGACCUUGUAACCUCCAUUGUCUUUGGUGAGAACUUCGACUUGAUCCGGAGUCCGUGGUACCGUCAUAUCCCGCCUGCGCUUGCUCGGUCGAAUGAGCGUAUAAGUGUCAUUGUCCAGUGGCCUUAUGUUGUUUGGCGUCGUAUGGACAAGGUUCUCUUCCGUAACUCCGUGGCUGGACGGAAGGACUUCCUACGAUUUGCUCACAACUUGGUCACUGAGAGAGUGCAGCGUGAGUCUGGGGAUGAUGUCUUGUCUGGCUUACUGGAUGCUGCAGAUCCAACUACAGGAAACAAACUGACCCAAGAUGAAAUUGUUGCUGAGAGUAUUCUGAUGCUCGUAGCUGGCUCUGACACUUCAUCAACCCUUUUGGCGUCUCUGUUCUUCUAUCUUACUAGAAACCCCGACAAAAAGGAUCGUCUGACCCGUGAAGUCCGCUCCAAAUUUUCAACUCGAGAAGAGAUCUGUCUCGGUCCAGCCCUCAACUCCUGUCGCUUCCUCUACGCGUGUAUCAUGGAAUGCUUACGCCUAACGCCCCCAGUUGCAGCAGCACCGUUCCGUGAGGUCCUCAAGGGCGGCAUGAUCGUUGACGGUCACUACGUUCCUGAAGGCACCAACGUCGGAACCGGCAUUUUCAGUCUCCAACAUAACCAGGAGUACUUUCACAACCCUUUUGAGUUCAUGCCUGAGAGAUGGCUAUCAGAGGGAAAGCAUGCUGGUCCUCAUAACCCAGACGCUCACGUUCCAUUCUCCAUCGGUCCUCGUGUCUGUCUUGGAAGGGCACUUGCUCAUGCCGAGCUUAGUCUUGCUAUGGCUAUCAUCUGCUGGAAGAUGGACUUCAACGUGGUUGAAAGAAUGAAGGAUAUUGGAGCCGGCAAUGAGAAUGCCGAGUAUGGUAGACACAGGCCAGGAGAGUUUCAGUUGUAUGAUCAUAUUACCUGUGCACGAAAUGGGCCAAUGGUUGAGUUUAGAGAGAGGUCGUUCUGAAGCUAU